AUGGCCUCUAUUCGCGUUCUUUCCUUCGAUGCUGAGGGCCGUCCCGUGCAGUUUACUUCCUGGCUCGACGACCUGCAGUUGUAUCUUAUGAGCAAUAGCACGGACCACAUCUCCCUCUAUGACUACGCGUCUGGUGCUGCCGCUGCUCCUGCUGCCACAGCCGAGCUUAGUGUUCGUUCCCACUGGCAGACUCGUGACGCAGCUGCUCGCCUAGCCAUUCGCAGUCACCUGCCGCUAGCUGAGCUCGAGCAUUUUGGCGACUGCAAAUCCGCUAAGGCCCUGUACGAUGCUGUCGUUGCUCGCUACUCCUCGCCUGCCACAGCCGAGCUUAGCCGCCUCAUGCUGCCGUACCUGUUCCCCGAUCUGUCCACCUUUGCUACAGUCGCCGAUCUUAUCACCCACCUUCGCACUAGUGAUGCUCGCCUGCGUGCCGCCCUUCCCACCGAGUUCUGCGCUAAGAACCCCCCUCCACUGUACUGGACACUCCACUUCAUAGUCACCCGUCUCCCUGACACCCUCAGCUCAGUUCGAGACCACUUCCUUGCUCGCUGUCCCACUGAGCUCACAGUCACCCUCCUAGAGGAGCAGCUGCUCGCGGCCGAAAAGAGCAUUGUAGCUGUCGGUGCUGCUCGUGGCGCUCCUCGCACCCCCAUCUUUGAGGGGUGUUCUCCCUCUCCCCUCGCUCCCUCCUACGCUGCUGCUGCUGCUGUUGACUUCCUUGGUGCUGAGUCUGUUGGCGCUGCUUCUGCUCCUGGUGGGAGGCGCCGCACCGGCAAGGGCAAGGGGGGCAAGGGUGGUGGUGGUGGCGCUGGGGGGGGAGGAGGUGGGGGAGGUGGGGGGGGAGGCGGUGCUGGAGGGAGCGGUGGCGGGAGCGCUGGUGGGAGUGGGGUCGGUGGUGGAGGCGGGGGCGGCGGAGGAAGCAGUGGCAGUAGUGGCGGCGGCGGCGGUGGCGGCGGUGGCGGCGGUGGCGGCGGUGGCGGUGGUGGCGGUGGUGGCGGUGGCGACGUGUGGGAGGUUCCACACCCCGUACCGCUGCUUCUCCCGCCUUGA